GGAAUUUUCUCUGUCCCCUGAGGAAAGCUGCCGGCGAGCGCUAUGACGAGUCGGCUCCGGCGAACCUCCGUCGAGUUUCCGUCGCUUUCCGGUCCCGCCUCUUUCAAAUCCGCUCUAUAUAUAAAUAGAGUCGCCAUUCAAAACCCUCAGAAGAACCAGAUUCAACUCCAGUCGAUCUCUCUCUCUCUCUCUCUCUCUCUCUCUCCGGCGCUCGCGAGCUCGCCGGCGGUGACAAUCGCAAGCGAGAUGGCAGAAUCACCAAAGGAAACUGCAGUGGUGAAGCGGAAAGAGGAUAAAUCAUUACUAGGUCAUAGCUCAAUGUCAAAUCCGAUUUCAACAGAUGCUGAAUUUGGAAAGGAGUUCCUUACCUCCUGGAAGUCAUUGUCUGUGGCAGAAGAUGAUGCAGUGGAAUUUAGCUUUGAUACAGUUGGCAAAGGCAAGACAAAGAAAUUCAACUUUGAUAAACUGGAUGUCGAUUUUAACCUGGAUGCUGACUUUGACAAGUUAUCAUCAUUCAAAAUGGACAUGCCAGAUCUUGAUUUCUCCUCCCCAUCUAAGAAAUCUCCAAACAACAAGGACAGAAAUGAAGCAGAAUCAACUGAUGAAGGAAAUUCCAAGAAAAGAUUUUCUUUCUCCUUCGAUUUUAAUGAGUUGGAUGGCUUUAAUCUUGAUUCACCCAUGACUGAGGGAGAACAAAGUGGGAAGAAGGUUAUAGGAAGCAAAGGGAGAUCAUCAGAGAUGAAUGAGCACCAGGGCUUGAAAACUCGCCUUCCUGAGGCAAUUCCUGACUGCGAGGAUAAUGCUAUGAUUGAUACUGUUCAAUCAACAUGCUCUGUGGGUACAUCAAAGAUUCAAGGAGAAACUUCUGUAACUUCAACUUCUAUGUCUAACCCAAGAAUGGAUGAUUGGGUGCCAAAGCCCACAGCCUGUAGAAAUUCAAUUCCAGAACAAGAAAGGACAAACAGCACGUGUGCUCAAGAAUCUGAUCAACAAGAUUAUUCAUCAGACGAAACAGCACCAAGAGAGGUACAUAUUCAGCACGGGGUUGACACAAAUUUAAGUACCAUCCCAGAGCUUCCAAGAAAAGAUUUGUCUAUUGUCAAAAUUUUAAAUUCCACUUUGGGUGAAGAGCAGAGUAACAGGGAAGAAAUGGUAGGGGAAGCCACAUAUUCUCAUGGCAACAUGCAGUCAGAAGGUUCAAGCGUGUCACAUGUUCCAGGAACAGAAGGCGAGGCAAAUGGAAGCAAUAAACCUUUUCUCAAUACAUUGAAUGCUACUAAGGCUGAUAACAAAGAGGCCAAGCCUGAUACAAAUCUUAAUGAUACAGCCUGUAUUAUCCCAAGUAAAGUACUGCAUGACAGUGAAAUGGCUGUUUUCAGAGAGCCUGGACAAACCCACUCAAAGUUUUUCAAGAGAUCAGAGGAAAUUAAGAGUCAGUCUUCUCGAGAACCAUCAACUGGGAGAAAGCUUCUUCAAUUUAGCAGCAAAAGACUUGCUUCUGUACAUCUAAAUGAAACUAGGUUGGGAGACAAUGCCAAGGAUUCUCAAGUUGGGGGAAAGUCGCUGGUUGGUCUGAAUUCACUGGCAAGGGAGCAAACAAAAUGUCAACCUCCUCUGACUGGAAGCCACAUCAGUGUGAGACGCACUUCUCAACUGGGUUCUCUAUGCAAGACGGACGGUUUAAAUGAGUUGUCAAAGCCAAUUGUUAAGCCAUGCGUGAAUCCUGAAGUCACUUAUUUAAGCAAGGAAUCUUUUAAGGAUUCAAGGGUCAGCAAUGUUGAUGUGAAGAAUAGUAGCUCUCUUAAUUCUGCCAAGAGGGCUUUUCAUCUUUCUAGCUUGAGAAUGAUGAGGGCCACAAGAACCAAAGAAGAUCAACUUGGUUCUAAUCCUACAGAGGAUAUCAGUUCCAUGAGAGACUCUGAGCAUAUAACGGCUAUGCAAGGUGAUGCAGCACAUGCGUUAGCUCAUCAUAGCAAAAGCACCGAAAAUCAGUCACUUCUCAAUUCAUCCUUAAAGCGGAAAUCAUAUGAGGGAUCAGAUGCCAAUUUAAUGCCAUUUAGUCCUUUAAAACGGCUCUCUCAGUCUCCAAGUGAGAAAAGAAGUUUCAAAGAAUCCUCCAAAACUGUUGUCACCGAACAGGGAUCAGUUGCCAAUUCUAUGUCAUUUAGUCCACUGGAAUGGCCCUCUGAGUCUCCAAGUGAAAAAAGAAGUUUAAGAGAAUCCUCCCAAGCUGUUGUCACUGAACAGGUUUGCAAUUGUGAGAACACCGAACAAAGCAAAACCAACAGUGUGUCUGGUGACCAUUCUAAAUUUCAGCUUAAGAUUUCUCCUAAGACAAGGUCAACCGAAGUUGGAAGUCCAUUGGUCAUGGAAACUGAUGAAAAUGUUGAGAAGGCUGAAGCUUAUACAAAGGAACUUGAAGAUAUCUGCAACAUGCUAAAGAAGAAGCAGGAAGAAGCUAAAGAAUUGCUUGUUCGAGCACUGGUGACCAACAACAAUCUGUUAAUGCUCAAUCAUCCCAUCUACGAAGAACAGAUCCGUAGGGUGCAGGAGUUUGCAUCACAGCUCAUGUCCAAGGACAUUCACACUUGAAGUUGCAUCAGAUGAGGAGAUCAUGGAAGAUGCAUGCAUGUGCCUCUACAAACAUAUGAAUUGCCGACGUGCUCAGACACUCCUCUGAACACGGGUGCAAUGAUGAAUCAGGAAAGUAUACGCACGGUUGUUUCUCAGACUUCUGGAUUACAGCUUGAGGAAGCAUGCCGGCUUCCAGCAUAUAUUCAGGGACAGUCUUAUGUUUUUGUGUCCUGUUGGUUCGGGAUGAAAUCCCGAGGACAUUUCCAGGUGCCUUGCUGAAUCUAGACUACAUUUUUUUUCUCCUUGUUUUCAUGGGAUGCCGUCAAGUUCAAUGUUUCAAAUAUGGGACCAACUUCUCAAACUUAACAUUCAUAAUUGUUCGAUCUCGGGUUGUUAUUUCCUUUCAAUUGAGAGACCCGGUUUCCUCC